AUGAGAGAUAAACGCCCAAUUUUGAUACUGCAGGCUAGAGAGUGCGAGUCGUGGCCCAAAAUUCGCCAGCUAUUACUGCUGGCCGUACUGAUAGGCGGUGUGCUGUGUAUGACCAUCGAUCACCACAAGUACUACUAUUCCCGGCAGCCCGCGCUGUUCCGCUUGCUGCGAAAGUAUAACCUGUGGCCCAGGAAUCAAACGGUGGAGUAUGAGCGACCGGCUCAGCAGCUCAACGUACCGAAUCCGUUCAUCUAUGGAGGCGACAGUGUUGCGAUUGAAAGCUUUCCCUAUCAGCUAUCGUUGCGGCUUGAGGGAACGCACGUUUGUGGUGCCUCAGUGAUUGCCGAACGAUGGGCAUUGAGUGCGGCACACUGUCUGGACGAGGCACUGUUCGCAUCCGCUAUUACGUUCCGCGGUGGAACUCCACAUCGAUUGGCCGGUGGUUACAUAUUCCCGGCGGAUCAAUAUUUUCUGCAUCCAAAGUUUGACCGGGAGAUACUGGACUACGAUGCGGCCGUGAUACAUGUGACGGAAAGUUUCCUCAUCGAUCCGAUACGUCCGGUUAGUCUGGGUAACACCAACACGAUCUACCCGAUUCCUUCGGCUGCUGUCGUGUCCGGUUGGGGAACAGCGAAUGAUGAUGGAUACACACCGCUGAUACUGCAAUCGCUUGAAGUUUAG